UAUUAGCACAAUGACGAAAUUUAAUGCAAACGCCGUACUAUGGAGCUUGGAUGAUUUCAUGAAAAUACGCAAAGACGAAAUGCCCAUUUACUACAAAAAAGAAUAUCAGAUGUCAAAACGAUUCAAUAGAAUAUCGGCGCAUUUACAGUCUUACAAAGACGCCGAGGCUGACUUAUCUCAGGACGAAGACGAUGAUGGUGAUUGCAAUAUUCCUACGGUGCAGAAAAGCAUCGAUGUGGACGAUGCCACAUACGCAGCGAAUAUAAAGCAGCUUAAUUUCGAGAAGAACGAUUUCGAUCAGCUAAUGUAUAAUGAAAGCCUGGAAACAAAUGAUGUAAAUUCGAGUACUGAACAAUGUGAACCACUAAGUCAGACGCCUCCACGUCCGAGUGUUAAAUCGCGGCUUGGCGUCAGGACCACCGAAAGCGUGGGAAAUCGCGGAAAACAAUUUAAGAAGAAAGCGAUUCAAAAGCGUGGCAAAGCCUAUCCUUACAAUAUAAACGGUCGUAACAACAGUAUGGAAAACUACAAUCAAAACCGCGUGUCUGCAAAUUUCCAUCGUGGUCUAGAAGCCUAUUAUAAAUUUCGUGAGCGUAACGAAUGCUUUGGUGAAUCGCAAAACGUAUUAAAUAUCCCAAAUAGUCAUGUCCAUAUUGAAAACUUUGGUCCCAAUGGACCCAGCUUUAAUGACAGUUCCAAUACUGAUAAUUUUAAUUUGAACAGCAACUUUAUGAUGCGCUCGAAUCAUAUGAACACCUCCGAUUCGAACAGCUUCGGCGGGCUGCUCCCGAAUAACCAAGGCCCCGUUAAUUCGAAUAACCGCGUCGGGAUGUUCUCGAAUAAUCAAGAAUCUGCAAAUUCAAACAGGAUCGAGUGUAUGCUCCAGAAUAACCAAGAACACGUGAAUUUGAACAGCUACGGCGGGUUGUUCCUGAACAAUCAAAGAUCUGCCAAUUCAAACAGCUUCGGGGGGCUGUACCCGAGUAACCAAGGCCCCGUUAAUUCGAAUAACCGCGUCGGGAUGUUUCCGAACAAUCAAAGAUUUGCAAAUUCAAACAGGAUCGAGUGUUUGCUCCUGAAUAACCAAGAACACGUGAAUUCGAACGGCUACGACGGGUUGCUCUCGAAUAAUCCAGUACCUGUAAAUUCGAACGGCUACGGCGGGCUGCUCUCGAAUAAUCCAGGACCCGUGAAUUCGAAAGGCUACGGCGGGUUGUUCUCGAAUAAUCAAGGACCUGUCAAUUCGAACGGCCACGGCGGGCUGCUCUCGAAUAAUCAAGUGGCCGUCAAUUCGAACGGCCACGGGUUGCUCUCGAAUAAUCAAGUUGCCGUCAAUUCGAACGGCCACGGCGGGUUGCUCUCGAAUAAUAUAAUAGGGAUAGGCGACGGGAUAGGCUUGAAUCAUCCGAACACCAGCCGACGCGAUAUCAUUGCAAACAAUUGGAACAGCAGUAUCGAGAUGAACUCGACAAAGCGAAUCCCUCCCAAUAACUUUUUACUCUUGAAUCGUCAGGAGCUAUUAGUCGACGGCUCAUCAUCAUUGAGUGUUGGUCCAGCUCGUCCAACUCGUGGUAUGUUUAUAGGUGAGGCGCUUGGUAUGACUCUAAGCGAUUGUAAAACGGUCGAUGUUCAUGAAGUUGCCAAAAACGUGUUGCAUUUGCUGUCUAAUGCUGAAAAGGAUUCCGAAAGCAAGACAAACUAUGGGGUCCAUAAUAAAAAUACAUCGCAGCAGCGCGAAUUGUGAAACUGGAUGCCAUGCAGGAAAGUAUUGUACAAUCUUGUCGCCGGAAGUAUAAUUAAGAGUUCAUUAUGACAAUAGGUUAAGUGUAAAUAUUCAAACAUGGAAGAAUAUUAGCGGGCACCCGGUCGUGCCGGACGAGUGUGAAUGUUCGUUGGUGUAUUGCAGGGCAAGAAGAAGAGUAGGGUCGAGUGGUGCAGUGAAUGGCACUACAGAGAACGAACAAGAUUUGAGUUUUUUCUUUAUAUAUGUAUUUUUGCUGAUAAGAGCAUGUUGAGCUGCUUAUCAGCAAUGCACAACAAAAAAAGUACUCAUGGACAGCCGAGCCGAGAUGCGAGAAGAGAAGCGAAACGAAAGCGGACGAAAAUAGAAACAAACGGCGAUAAAUUUACAGCAAAAGGCGAAUGUUCAUACAGAAGCGAUUCGCCGAUGGAGGAACAGCAAAGCAGAACAGAAUAAAAUAAUAAUCAAUCAGUUAAUCUGCUACAUAGUUAGAACGUGGAAGUGACAUAGCUGAAUGGAAGUGGAUAGGGAGCUCAAGACCAUUUAUUGAACGCAACGCCGCGAAGUGAAUAAUUAUUUUGUUUUCAGAUCGAAUGCCGGCAUACGACAAUUAGAAGAACAAAGAAAAUCUGAACCCAUUAUUUUUAGUUUUGUAAAAGCAAAAAGAAAACGAAAAAUAAACGUUAAACAUUCAAAUAAAUGUUUGCUGUUCGCCUGUGCCCACCAUGUUGAAAUCGAAGCAAUUCCUGCAGCGAUUUUCCAAAGAAUAUGCCAAGUUUACGCCUGCGAACUUCAAGCUUAAGCGGGCUUUGGUGGUGACGAAACUCUCGCGCUAUGAAUUCGAGCAGCUGCGGCAUCCGGGACUGUCGAAGGAGCAGCUGGAGCAGAAGCUGCGCGAUCGGGGCACCGAUGUGGAGAUGGUCCUCUAUCUGCACAAUUUGCACAAGGACUUCGAGCGGCGUAUCGUGCAGAGCUUCCAGGAUGUCGGGUGCGAGGUCAAGCUGUCCAGCAGACUUGAAUUUAGAAGCUCAUUGAGCAAAGAUGUCAUGAGCUGGGCGGAUGUCAUCGUUCCUGUUGGCGGUGAUGGCACCUUUCUGCUGUCCGCCGGUCGCGCCAGUCCCCUCUUUGCCCUCAGCCAGCAGAAGACGCCCAUUGUGGGCUUCAACUCUGAUCCGCUCCACUCGGAGGGUCGUCUCAUGCUACCCAAGCACUAUUCGGAUAAUCCCGCCGAUGCAGUGGCGCGCAUCAAGAGCGGCGACUUCAAGUGGAUGCAUCGCUCAAGAGUCCGCACCACGCUGCUGGGCAGCAAUGGCAAGAUUCCGGAGUCCACAGAUCUGUUCCGACAUACAGAAGUGAAGAUGGAGCAGGUGACAACGGAUCCUGAAAUGCUGGAUAAUCACAUGGCCACCAAAUACAAAGCAAAGAUGAAGCGCAUCCUACCCUAUUUAGCUCUGAACGAGGUUUUCAUUGGCGAGCACAUCUCGUCCCGUGUGUCCCAUCUGCAGCUUGUGCUCAAUCAUCAGGACGUGGUAAACAAAACAAAAUGUUCCGGACUGUGCGUUAGCACUGGCACCGGCUCCACAUCGUGGCACACAAGCAUAAAUCGCAUCACCAGCCGCGACGUUGACGAUUUGCUUCAAUCGCUGCCCAAUAGCAACUCUGCCGAUGUGCUCCGACUACGCGAGAAUACUCAGGAGAUCGCCCAUCGGUAUAACCAAGGGCUGCUCUUCGCACCAGACGAUCCGCGGCUCUGUUAUUCAAUCAGGGAGCAGAUCUGUGUGGGCGUUUGGCCCUCGCCGAAGACAUUUAAGAAGCGAGAUUUCGUGCAGAAUGUGUUCGUUAAGUCGCACUGCAUCGAUGCCAAUCUGGUCAUAGAUGGCAGCAUAUCCUAUCCAUUCAACGAUGGCGCCAAGGCAUUGCUUGAGGUCCAUCCCGAGGAUGCCCUCCUGACGAUCGCCCUAGACUGAUUUCUGAUGAAGCAAGAAGCGUAGUAAAGUAAAGUGCCUGGCUCUCUAGCCGUAGCAUGUCUGAAGUUCUAAAAUUAUUUAAGUGUGCAAUUUGCAGACUACUUAGAAGUUUAAGCUCAAAAGUUAUUUUGUUAUUAUAUAAACAUUUAUUUAUAAAUGUCCCUUAACUUUU